AUGAGGUCGACCCGGACUCCUCUGGUGCUGCUCGCGGCGUGUUUGCUCUGCGUGUGCGCCCCCUCGCACGUGGAGGAGAUGAAGAGCCAGGAGCGGCUCUUCCUCCGCUCCCUGGGGCUCUCCGGGCCGCCCCGGCCUGCGGGGAGCCACCAGCCGCGGCGCCGCGUCCCCUCCGCGCUCUGGAAGAUGUUCCGGAGGUCAGAGAGCAUCCAGGCCCAGGAGAGCGACCCCUGCACGGUGUCUGAGUACGGAGUCCGCGGAAACAUCAUCCGAUACGUGCAAGACCAAGGCCGGCUGGUGUCUGGCUGGAGCGGCAGCUGCCAGGCCUGUCUGGAGAAGCAGCUUUUCUUCAACAUGUCCGUGCUGCAGCCUGUGGAGCUGCUGUCUCUGGCUCAGCUGGAAAUCAAGUUCCACUGGAAGCCCUUCAGAUCUGCAGAGCUCCUGCAGGGGCCCCGGACCCUCAGCGUGUCUCUGUAUAAAGUGAUCCGAGCCACGCUGAGGGGAGCCAAUCCACAGGCCAACCGCAGGCUCCUGCUGUCCCAGUCGGUCCGGCUGCAGCCAGAACCCACCUCCAUCACCAUGGACCUCACCGCGCUGGCAGAGAGCUGGCGCAAACCGGGACGCAACUACGGUUUGGUUCUAGAGCUGCUGCCUCUCAGCGCAGAUCCAGAAGAGCUUCUCGCUUUUCACCCCGGGAACUCCCUCCCGCUGGAGCCAGCCCACAGCCUGCCGCUGAUCCAGGCCUCGCUGGUGGCCGUGUCCCUCAACCCCCACCAGUGUCGCUCCAGGCAGAGGAGAAGCGCCGUCCACCUGCCCGUGACACCCAGCAACGUGUGCAAGGCCCGCCGCCUCUACAUCGACUUCAAAGACGUGGGCUGGCAGGACUGGAUCAUCGCGCCGCAGGGCUACAUGGCCAACUACUGCCACGGCGAGUGCCCGUUCCCGCUCAGCGAGAGCCUGAACGGCACCAACCACGCCAUCCUGCAGACCCUGGUGCACUCGCUGGACCCGCACGGCACGCCACAGCCCUGCUGCGUCCCCAUCCGCCUGUCCCCGAUCUCCAUGCUCUACUACGACAACAACGACAACGUGGUGCUUCGACAUUACCAGGACAUGGUGGUGGACGAGUGCGGGUGUCGGUGA